AUGGGCUUGGGGAGGAAGGAAGGAGCUCGGAACCCCGAGAGCCCAGAAGACGAGCCAGACAGCCUGGCGGAGAUCAGGCUCUUCUCUGCCAUUGAAGUCAGUCAGCAGAGGGACCGUGGCGAGCUCUGUGAGGUGUAUUUAUUGGUGCAUCAAGAGCUGGGGUGCGGCAGCCUCCCAGUGCUCAGCUGCAGCCCCGGGUGCGCCGGGGAGGCCCCGGCCGUGAGCUUCACCCUCUCUCCUGACGGCGAGCAGGUGGACACUUGCAAAGGCCGCUACCCUGGCUGCAGCUUUGUGAGGCGCCUGGGCGAGCCCUCUGAGCCGGGCGCCGGCAGCCAGCACAAGCACGCUGAGGGGCCGGGCUCCUGGAGCCCGCGGUUCGGAAGAAGCAGGUCUCGCGCCACCCUGAAGGCCCCGCCCGAGGCGCACCCGGGGCUCACGGCCCUCACGGCCCCGUGCAGUCCUCUCUGGCCAACCGCGGCAUCGCCGGGCGCUGGCCUGGCGCUCGUCUCUGGCAUGUCUUGCCAUGACACUGUAAAACAUCCUGAUGCCAAGUGGUCAUCUGAAAAUCAACCUGAGAGCUUUGUCAUCAGCCACGAGGCUAGCCGGCGGCAGGCAAACCAGGGCCUGGCAGUAAUUUGGUCCCUUGGAAAGAAACUGCAGCAGGAAGCCCCCCGCGGUGCAGGGCGGACGCCCUACCUGCAUGCCAGCGUGGACGGGCCCAGGGCGGGCCAGGCCGCAGCCCAAGAGCCGGUCUUCAGUUCCGGCAGCAGUUUUAACUAUUCGAACCCAGAGCUGUAUAACGGAUUUAUCAAAUAUGGAUUUAAUGCCCUUAUCAGUAAGAAGCUGGGCUAUGAGAGAGACGUGCCGGAUACCAGGAAUAAAAUGUGUCGCUACAAGCGCUACCCCAGGAAGCUGCCCACCGCCAGCGUGGUCAUCUGCUUCCACAACGAAGAGUUUAACGCCUUGCUGAGGACAGUGUCCAGUGUCAUGUCACACACCCCACAGCACCUCCUGGAGGAAGUCAUUCUGAUAGACGACAGGAGCGAAUUUGAUGACUUGAAAGACAAGCUCGACUUCCACUUGGAGAUUUUCCGGGGAAAGAUAAAGCUGAUAAGAAACAAGAAGAGGGAAGGGCUGGUCCGCUGCCGGCUCAUCGGCGCGUCUUUCGCUCUGGGGGACGUCCUGGUGUUCCUGGACAGCCACUGCGAGGUGAACAGUGUCUGGCUGCCGCCCCUGCUGAGUGCCAUCGCCAAGGACCCCAAGACCGUGGUGUGCCCGAUCAUCGAUGUCAUUGACUUCAGCACCCUGGAGUACAAGCCCUCUCCUGUCGUCAGGGGCGCCUUCAGCUGGCACCUCCGCUUCCAGUGGGACACUGUUUUCUCUUACGAGCUGGAGGGACCAGAAGGAGCGACCGCUCCCAUCCGGUCGCCCGCGAUGGCCGGCGGCAUCUUCGCAGUGUCCAGGCCCUACUUCAAGGAGCUCGGGCAAUACGACGAGGACAUGGCUCUCUGGGGCGGGGAGAAUGUGGAGCUCUCGCUGCGGGUCUGGCUGUGCGGUGGCCAGCUUUACAUACUGCCCUGUUCUCGCGUGGGCCACAUCAACAAGCACGUGCAGCCGCACCCCGACGUCAUGAAGGCCCUGGACCGCAACAACCUCAGGCUGGUGCACGUGUGGUUGGACGAAUACAAGGAGCAGUACUUCUCCUUGAGGCCCGACCUGAGGACCAGGAGCUACGGGGAUGUCAGCGAGCGCGUGGCCCUGAGGAAGAGGCUGGGCUGCAGGUCCUUCAGGUGGUACCUGGACAACGUCUACCCGGAGAUGCAGCUGUCCGGCCCCCACGCCAAGCCGCAGCAGCCCAUCUUUGUCAACAGGGGGCCGAAACGCCCCAAGGUCCUGCGGCGUGGACGGGUGAGUGGCGCCUGGCCGCGCUGGGGCGGGGUCUGGAGUCGGGGCUCCGGGAAGGCGGGCUCAGCGCGGGGCCGCAGCGCUAUGGCUUGGGGGGUGGGGGCCAGGAGACCCCCCCACCUCCGGCUUCACCUUCGCAUCUGGGUCUACAGCGAGGAGCACGAGCUGGUCCUGAAUAACCUCCUCUGCCUGGACGUGUCGGAGACGCGCGCCGCGGACCCUCCGCGCCUCAUGAAGUGCCACGGGUCGGGGGGCUCCCAGCAGUGGACCUUCGGGAAGAGCCGCCGGCUGUACCAGGUGUCCGUCGGGCAGUGCCUGCGUGCGGUGGACGCGCCAGGUCACCAGGGCCACGUCGCCAUGGCCAUCUGUGACGGCUCCUCCUCGCAGCAGUGGCUCCUGGAAGGCUGAGGGGGCCCGCGGCCGUGCGGGUCGCCAGGCCUGCACCCCUGGGUGGCUCGUGCCGGAGGCGGCCGGGCCUCGCCGACGGGGGGAGAGCGAGGGCUGGCGGCUGCCCUCUGCCCCCCUGGCGUGGCAGGCGGGGCCGUGAAGCCCAGCGAUGGCCUUGGCUCGAGCUCCACACAGCCCGUCUCGCAGCAGAGGGCUGCGACCAGCAGGCACCUCUGGCCGCCAGCCUGGGCACGUGUCGGCAGCUGUGAACACCGCGUGGCUCUUCGCUCGGAACGAGGCGUUUGAGAGGCGCCGGCCGGGAGGCAGAGACCGCCUCAAAUUACUGUGACGGACGUGCUCCCACGUUGAAAUAAAGGCUCCUUUGGGGAUUUGCCAGCA